CUUUUGACGGUUCACGAUCUUCAGAUGGUCCACGGGAAAAUUUCUAAUAGCAGAAAGAAGCCUGAGGAUUGGUUUAUAGAGGCCGUAAUCUGUUAACCAUACACCGUAACUGUAAAAAAUUGACCAAUCACAAUCGAAUUAUAAAAGAAUAAUCGACUAUUCGUCAAUUUUAUAAGCAUAAAUUAACAGAUUAUGGCCUCUAUAAACCAACCCUAAGAUUUCGGCUGAUGUGAAUGGACAUGACCAAUCGCAACAAUAACCAGUGAAAUCUCACGUUAGAUUGAGGUCCUUAGUGGAUACGACCGACGUCACAGACAUCAAUUCGUAUACAGACCGUUUAAAUUCGAAAAGGUAACGGCAUGUGCUUUCUGUGGCGUCGCUUCUUGAUGUGAAUUACGCAUUUUCUUUCGUGCAAUAGAUUGAUACUUUGAAGGAAUUGAGAAAUAAACGUAAAGGAACGAUGGACGAUCAACCAGAAUGGAAGCCCGUCAUGCAAGGAUUUGACGUGGAACAAGAAGAAGCAUUAGAAAAACUGCGGAAGAACUGGGAAGAGAUCGGCUGCACCAAAGAUAUGCGAAUGAUAUAUUAUAAACAGGCUCGUACUCACAUGAGUGAUUUGCUGAACGAAAUGGUGACAGAGGCAGAAUCAAAGAUGCAAUUAUUGGUGGAAAACAUAAAAGAUCUGUUGAAGCAAACAUCGACGCUGCGUACGGAACUGCAUUUAGACGUGAUGCCCAAAAAUUAUGAUCAAAUUCCCUUAUAUGAGGUUGAGCAAAUACUUCAGACAGAUCUGCAGAAUCUGGAAUGUAUGAAGAAGGAACGCAUGAUGAUUUUGGAGGAGUUGUUGGCAAAAGAACAUAACAUUUGUAAGAAGUUGGGCUGCAAGAUGCUGAACGUUGCCAUUGACGUCUUGCCUACUGAGCAGGAACUUGAAAGUUUUAAGCUUUAUUUACAAAAACAGGAGAAUGAGAAGAUACGCCUCGAGAAUGUUUUUAUGGAUAUACGUCGUUCCAUAAUAAAGAUGAUGGAUGACUUGGAUAGAUCACCAUCUUCACAAUUCGAACAAUUAAUCUGCAAUAAUCCCGAGGAAUUUGUUCUAAAUGCAAGCAAUCUGACAAAAUUGAGAGAAUUCAGAGAUGAGCUGAAUAUGCAAAUGGAAGAUAUAAAGUGCUGUGUUGAAAAAAUGAAAGAAGAUUUAUUGGCACUGUGGAAAUAUCUUGAUGAACCUGCAGACAUCUGUCAGUCAUUCCUUGAGAGAUAUCCUGGUUAUACCACUAGUGCUGUAAAUGCUCUCAGUGCAGAAAUAAAACGUUGUAAGGAAAAAAGGAAAGAGAACAUUUGUAAAUAUGUCACACAAAUCAGGUCCGAAUUGCGGAAAUUGUGGGACUUAUGCAAAUACAGCGAAGUAGAGAGAAAUACAUUUGCACCAUUUUAUUCCGACACAUUCACCGAGGACUUAUUGACGUUGCAUGAAUUAGAAAUGGAAAGGUUGCGCAAAUUUUAUAACGAUAAUCGAACAAUAUUUGAUCUUUUGGAUCAACGCGAAAAUCUCAUAAUGAAAAUAAAGGAAUUACUUCAACGUGCAAAUAAUCCUGAUCGUUAUCACAAUCGCGGAGGUCAAUUAUUGAUGGAAGAGAAAGAGCGAAAAGUGAUACAAAAGAAGUUGCCUAAAAUAGAAACAGAAUUAAAGCAAUUGAUCAAUGAAUACGAGACUAAGCAUAAUCAAGUAUUUACCAUUUAUGGUAUAUCAUUGGAAAAUGUUUUGACAGAGACUUGGGAAAGUAUCACUAUUGAGAAAGAAACGUUGAAAAGAGCUAGGAAAGAGGCAAAAGAUAAAUCGAUUAAGAAAUCACCUUUAAAUAGUUCUAAACGAACACCUGGCAUGUCUCAUCUGAGCAUUCACAGAGGUCCAACAUUGGGACUAUCAAAACGCAAAUUGUUCAGUCCAUCUCCCAAUUCUUCGAUAAAACGUAGAAAUAAAAAUGGUGAUAAACAUAAACCCACUGUUAUCACCGGGACUAAGAUCAGAAGAAGUGGAAGAUUUUUGAAAACCAGCGUUCAAAAAACAAAUAGAUCUCCGAAAGGAAAACAGAGAGGAAAGGGGUCGUUAUCACCUAGCAUCACAGACACGACAUACAAUCAGUUCCAGGGCCACAUGACAGGCAGAGAAGAAUUGCACAGCUCAAUGCUGCCGGAACAGAUAUUGAGGAGCACCAACAAGAUCAAUAUCAACAAAACACCGAUACGAACACCCAUAAAACCACUGCGGAAACAUCUUUCGGCAGCGACAACACCUGUCACUCACAACUCCGCGCGCAAACUGCCACAUAGUCCUAGAGUCAUUAACACUCCAAAAUUAGCAACGGCCCCGAGUAAUUUACCUUUUAUUUUUUAAACAAAAAUAUAAUCAAUUAUUAAAUAAACUUUCUCGCUUACGAGAACGAUAUGGAAAAAAUUUGAAUGAUACGAAAAAGAAUCCUUUCUUCAAUCGUGCUAAAGAUUUGUGUAACAAAUCUCAAAUUUUAUCAUAUGUAAUAUACAGUACAAACGAGAUAUAUGUUAUUGCUUUGGUGAAGUCAGAAU